UACUGUAAAGGGAAUGUGUUUUCCAAAGAAUCGAGUAAUAAUUCAUAGCUAAAUUGAGUACAGUACAGUAGCUAUGAGAAUACCAAACUUGGUCCUGCUUUUCGCUAGCUUGAAAUACUUGUGUUUAGCAGCUGAUAUCAUUUCUAGGUAUGUCUCUCUGUGAGCCGAAUUGCUGCAUCAGGCAAUACUGUAAUAAACUGAGUUUAGAGGUGAUUCUUCUAAUUGCUCUGGAUCCUCCAAUACAAUAGAAUGUACCCUUUCUGUAAUUAGCCAUGUAGAAUAGAAUUUGCCAGAUCUGCAACAGUUACAAUGUAAUAGCAUUAUUUCUUUAGUCACCAAAACAUGAAGUUUUGUUGAGUAACUCUGUUAGGUAACGUGUACUUACAAAAAAAGCGCACCUCCAAUACAAACACCUUGCCACGCACUGGUCAGAGAAGAUGGAUUUUACCUCUCGUUAAAUUGUAGACUCUUUAUGGAUUCAAGUGGUAGUUAAGACUUCACAAGGAGUAAAUCACCUCCCUUUACCACUCGUGAACUCCAAUACCAGUUCCCUGCAUUCAAAGGCUUUGAGUGGACAAGCUGUAUCGAUCCCCAUCAAAAUCUUUAAAAAAGUCACUUACACUUCCUUUUUGAAUUUAUUGUAGCUAAUUUACUUAGUAAGUGAGAUCAAAAAGUCAUCAUGUAGUAGAAGAGGCGGUAGGAUGAUAGAGACAUUUUCCACCAGGAUUACCAGUCUGUGAUCCAUACAAAUAGAUGUUUCCUAUGGCGAACAUAGAGAAUGAUGAAAUGUCUUCUUUGUAUGCCCCGUUAUGGAGGCUAAGGCAGCGCUACCAAGGCCAACUUUAUUUUGAAUUUCUAUUAUUUCUAUUAUAUGGCAAACUGACUGAUAAUGUGUUGUUUGAAUGGGUUAAAAGCUGAUGUUGCUGAUUUACUUCUGUCAGUAAUGGAAUGUUUGCUCAUAAGUAUUAUUGGAUGGCUGAUCCCUCCUGAUGACCUGGAAGGAAUAAUGUAAUCCGCACCCAUAAGAAGAACCACACAAUUUAUUACUUUACAUCGUUGAAGACCUAGAUAUUGUCCUCUAACAACAUGGUGGUAUCAAUUCCUACUUGUUUACCCACAGAAGCGUUGACCUUAAUAUAUUCUUGUCAACAGAUGAAAGACGGGCACAUAAAAAAAUUCAGCAUUUUCUCACUGGCUCUCACUGUCACGUUUAUCCACUGUAGCUGUUUGGCACGCAACAAAGAUGAAAAGGCUUUUUCAGAUAGAGCUGAAGAAAUCGCCAGUUAUGCAAAUGUGGCUCAGGACAUUAUUGACCUGGCGGUGCGUGGCAAAGCCCAGAACCGCUCCUAUGAGAGACUAGCAGAUUUCACUGAUACAAUAGGGAAUCGGGUCAGCGGAUCUAAGAACCUGGACCUGGCCAUCAAGUACAUGUACAACGCUUUGAGGGAGAACGGGCUGGAGAAUGUACACCUGGAGCCGGUGAAAAUACCACACUGGGUCAGAGGAGAAGAGAGUGCCAUGAUGUUGCAUCCACAGAAUCACACCCUGGCCAUCCUCGGACUCGGGAGUAGUGUUGCGACGCCCAAAGGAGGCAUUGAAGCAGAGGUGCUGGUGGUGGAGUCUUUUGAGGAGCUGAAGAAAAGGGCAAAGGAAGCCAGUGGGAAGUUUGUGACGUUUAAUCAGCCCUUUGUCAGCUAUGGGAAGACGGUGCAGUACAGGGAGUUUGGGGCGUCCGAGGCAGCUAAAGUCGGAGCUGUUGCGACUCUCAUCCGGUCUGUCACACCCUUCUCCAUCAACAGUCCUCACACAGGCUGGCAGGACUAUCAGGAGGGUGUGAAGAAGAUCCCCACAGCUUGUAUCACGGUGGAGGAUGCCGUGAUGAUGGCCAGGAUGGCUAAACGAGGCCAAAAGAUUGUAGUCCGACUCACCAUGAAUGCCCAAACGUUCCCUGACGUUGACUCCUUCAACACUGUGGCUGAGAUCAUCGGCAGUGAGCACCCAGAACAGGUGGUGCUUCUCAGUGGGCAUCUGGACAGCUGGGAUGUGGGCCAGGGGGCUAUGGAUGAUGGGGGUGGAGCGCUCAUCUCCUGGGAGGCCCUGUCUCUGCUUAAAGACCUGGGUCUGCGCCCCAGAAGAACCCUACGGACGGUGUUUUGGUCCGCUGAGGAGCAGGGAGGGGUAGGAGCACAGCAGUACUUCCAGCUUCACAAGGUGAACAUCUCCAACUUCAACCUUGUGAUGGAGUCUGACAUGGGAACAUUCACCCCCCUGGGUCUUCAGUUCACUGGCAGUACCCAGGCCAGGGCUAUCAUGGCUGAGGUUAUGAAGCUGCUGAAGCCCAUUAACACCACCAAUCUGGAGGAACAUGCAGAGGGAACAGAUAUUGAGAUGUGGAUGGAUGCUGGGGUGCCAGGAGCCAGCCUGCACGUUGCCGACAGCAAGUACUUCUGGUUCCACCACACGAACGGAGACACCAUGUCCGUCCAGAACCCCGUAGAGAUGAACCUGUGCUCGGCCCUGUGGGCUGUUGUAGCCUACGUAGUGGCUGACCUGGAGGAGAUGCUGCCCAGGUAGUCCGCCCACUUUUUCAACUGUCCCAAAUUGCACCCUAUUCCGUAUGUAGUGUACUACUUUUGACUAGAGCAGUAUAAGGAUCAGGUCAAAGGUAUUGCACUAUUUUCCAUGAGGGAUAUGGUUUCCUUUCAUGUGUUGUAUGUUUACAUGUGUUUUAUGUCCUGUUUGUCCACCAGAAAGUCUGGCUUGUAGUAAUUGACCUUUCUGAAUUUUUACUCUGUAGUUGUGUAUAAAAGAAACACAAUGUACCAAUUUGAAUGACUUUCUUCUACCACAUUAUUAAAAGUCUAUAUUUUAUAGUGAACACAUAUACCGUAUGCUCAGCGUUGACUGUUGUCAUUAUCACUGUAUCUGCCAAUAAAGAUUGUGCAUGUCCUUUACACACGUGAACCGUA